GGAGAGCAAGGAUGUAGAAGAGGUGGUGCACUGGUACCCAGACCUGUGUGGAGCUCCAGUAACAUGCUGAGGAUUAUUUGUUCAGCGUGCCUUUGUGUGGGAAACUCACUGUGUAAAUGUGACAAACUUGUCUGAGCUAGAGAGCACAGAUAAUGGGAGGUGCUUUAACUGGAAAGAACAGUGAAAAAGUUUCAACAGGCAAUUUUUAAUUUGAAUCCAGUGAAGGUAAGUGAGAUCCGUGAAGAGCGAAAAUGUCUUCGUUUCCUGGCAUCCAGGCUCGAGGACAUGUGGACAUGGUGUACAUUUCCAUAGAGACAGCUAUAGCCCUGGCGUCCGUGACGGGGAAUGUACUGGUGGUGCUGGUGGUGUGCGUGAACCGGAGCCUCCGAAACACCACCUUCUCCUUCAUCGUGUCUCUGGCCGUGGCUGACAUCGUCGUGGGAGUUCUGGUCAUACCUCUGGCUAUCAUCAUCAGUCUGGAAAUGGAAACUCAGUUCUACACCUGCCUCUUCCUCUCCUGCCUGCUGCUGAUCAUCACCCAGACCUCAAUCCUUUCCCUGCUGGCUAUAGCCAUCGACAGAUAUCUCAGAAUCAAGAUUCCCACCAGGUACAACACUGUGGUGACCCAGGGGAGAGCGUACGUGGCAGUUUGUCUGUGUUGGAUCCUUUCUUUCCUCUCGGGACUCGUUCCGAUGAUUGGCUGGAAUAACCGCGAUGCCCAGGCAAACCUCAGCAGCUCCAGUGAGAUCAUCUGCAAGUUCACCACUGUCAUAAGGAUGGACUACAUGGUGUACUUUAAUUUCUUCGGCUGGGUGGUCGUACCUCUGAUCAUAAUGAUCACUCUGUAUUUGGAGAUUUUUAGGGUGAUCCGACGGCAGCUUAACCGCCGAGCUGAGGCCACUUGUGAUGGGGAAAGGUAUUACCGGAAGGAGCUGAAGCUCGCCAAAUCAUUGGCCUUAGUGGUCUUCCUCUUUGCUGUGUGCUGGCUGCCAAUACACAUCAUGAACUCCAUCCAGUUUUUCUGCGAGUGCGAAAUACCCAAGAUUGCCUUGUAUAUAGGGAUUUUCAUGUCCCAUGUGAACUCAGCCCUCAACCCGAUGGUUUAUGCAUUCAGGAUAAAACGUUUCCGUGUGACGCUGAUCCAAAUCACUCGCCGUUGCAUGUUAUGUAAACCCGCAGAGCCCACGCCAUAUCCAGUCAGCACUCCGUGUGUGACUGAGAAAGUGGGUGUAGACAUGUAAAAAAAAAAAAAAAAAAAGACUGCAGUUUUCCAUUGUUCACGGCCUCGAGAGGGAGCGCAUCAAUCAACCCUUGAGAAGACACCGCAAAACUCUUCAAUGAAUUCCAGGACUUGUGUAUCUCCGACCCAUUCCCAUUCCGUUGAGUCAGAUCUUGAUUAAAAUGAGCCUACAAUUAUGGGAUUAAAAUAAUACCAUCCAUCACUCAACGUGCAUCAUUCUAUUCUCAUUUAAUUGAUUCAUGUUGAAUUGUCUAUGUAUUUGGCAACAUCAGUGCAACAAACAUCUCACGUUCAAAAAGCUUGUUGUUCAUUUCACCAGAAUAAAACACUGGCUGUCGUCCCCACAUGGUAUUUGACAGUUCUAAUUUGCAUUAACAAGUUCCAUUUUAAAGACACCUUAAGCUAGGUUUACGCUUCUGUGUUAGAUCUACAUAUGAAUGCCGAGGCUCCUAGUGUGCACCUCCCCAGAAA